AUGAGACAUUUUUUAGUUUUCAUCUUUUAUUUCAUACUUUUGAGGUCUUUAAGUGUUCAAGGAUUAACUUCAGAUUACAUUAAAAAGAACAUUUUAAAGAAUCAUUAUGGAAGUAAGCAAUUAGGAAGAGUUUUACAUACAAACGACGAACUUUGUGAUGGACAAUUGACAUUGUACAAUGAAGCUUUUGAUGCACUUUUCGAUUUGUGGUCGAAAAUGCAAUCUGGAAUCCUUCAAGGAAAUAUUUACAACAUUGGUCACUUCACCGAAUGUGUCAGAUUUCGUCAUGACACUCAACAAACUAACACUGGAGUUAUUCAAGGUCAGCACUGUUUAAUCGUAAUGAGCGGGUUCCAAACAAAUAUUACUGAAGAUCGAAGUAAUUGGCAGGAUAUCGGUUCGAUUAUUGGACUAACGAAUGUAUCACUCAUCAAUGGAUAUUGCUUACCAGCAUCAUGUUCAAAUGAAAAAGCGUUGGAUUAUGUAAACACUUUCCUGGUUCAAGCCAAUUUGGCGGGUGUUGAAUCAUAUUGUAGAACCAAUGACUCAUUGCCAUUUACUGCUGUCGAUAUUUUUGCUAUCGUUUUGUUUUCAAUCUUCGGCUUUCUUCUGAUAACAAGCACAACUUACGACGUUGUAAUGAGACGACGGGAAACAGAGCCAAAUAAACUUUUGAUAGCGUUUUCAAUCAACACAAAUGGAAAAGAACUUUUUGAUGUUACAGAAAGUAAAUCACCAAAUGCAAUUAAAUGUUUAUUGGGACUACGAACGUUGUCAUUAUUUUGGAUUAUUUUGGGACAUCGUUUUGAAUAUCAACGACUGUUUCCAAAUGCUAAUACGGUGACAUUUUUGGAACAUUAUGAUCACUUUUAUAUUGCAUUGCAUACAGCAUUCAAUAUUGCUGUUGAUACAUUCUUCGUAAUGGGCUCAUUACUUGCAACAACAUCAAUACUUAACGCAUUGGAUAAAAGGAGGUUGAACAUACCAAGAUUAAUUCUUCAUCGAUAUUUAAGAUACACUCCAGUGUUAGCUGCAUUAGUUCUUUUUACUGCAUCUCUUUCUAGAUUUUUUAUAACUGGACCAUUUGGUGAAGAUAUUGAGGUUGUUAAUUGUCAGAAUUAUUGGUGGUCAACUCUACUUCAUAUUCAAAACUACGUUAAUCCAACUCAGUUGUGCGUUGGUCACUCGUGGUAUUUGUCCGUUGAUUUUCAACUUUUCAUUCUGACGCCUUUUUUAAUUUAUCCGGCAUGGCGUUGGGGAUGGAAGUACUUAUGGAGUUUACUUCUUCUUGGCUUAGUGAGUAGUAUAGCAGCAUUCUUAGUUUACUAUUUCGUAGAACCGAUUGGUUGGUUUGAAGCAGGAUAUGUUCCAACACAUACACGUGCAGCUCCAUGGAUGAUAGGAAUGACUUUGGCUUACAUUUUGUUCACUUAUCGAAAUAAAAAGAUAAAAAUUAGCAAGAAGCUCAAUUGCUUUGGAUGGAUUUUAGCAUUGACCACUAGAAUGGUUGGAAGAAAAUCGUUUGGGCAUAGCGGUUUUUAG